GCCAACCGAUGAACCGAUUCAGUCGCAGUCGCGCAUUCGUUGAAAACGCAUAAACACGUCAAAAAUAUUCUCGCAAGUAAAAAGUAAACUUUUCGAUCUUUCGAGAAUUGGUAGUUUCCGUUAUUACUUUUCAUUGCAUGUAGAUAAUUCUACUUGAAAGUGCGUAAUAAGCAAAAGAACUAAGAAGGAAAGGGUACACUUCAAAACGAUGGCAGCCGAUGAAAUUGUAGACGAAUCUAUGGAAGUUGACGUUGUACCGUCAACAAGUAGCACAAAAAAUCCAAAAGACGACAAAUUCACAAAAUCUCUGCAUUUACCAUGGAUUGAAAAAUAUCGACCACAAGUGUUCACUGACAUUGUGGGUAAUGAAGAUACUGUUGAGAGAUUGUCAUUAUUUGCCCGUAUGGGCAAUACACCUAAUAUUAUUAUUGCUGGUCCUCCUGGUGUGGGAAAAACGACCACAAUUUUAUGUUUGGCUCGAAUACUCUUGGGUCCUGCUUUCAAAGAAUCUGUUCUUGAGCUCAAUGCUUCAAAUGAUCGAGGAAUCGAUGUUGUUAGGAACAAAAUCAAAAUGUUUGCACAAAAAAAGGUAAAUUUACCGCAAAAUAAACACAAAAUAAUCAUACUGGACGAGGCAGACAGUAUGACCGAAGGAGCGCAGCAGGCUCUGCGUCGCACAAUGGAGAUUUACAGUAACACUACGAGAUUUGCUCUUGCUUGUAACAAUAGUGAAAAAAUAAUCGAACCAAUACAGUCGAGGUGUGCUAUGUUACGUUAUGGGAAACUAACGGAUGCACAAGUGUUGGCAAAAGUUCUUGAAGUUUGCAGGAAAGAAAAUGUCUCAUACACCGAUGACGGUUUGGAUGCUAUCAUUUUCACGGCACAGGGGGACAUGAGACAAGCUUUAAAUAAUUUGCAAUCUACGCACAACGGUUUUGGUCACGUGAACAACGAAAACGUCUUCAAAGUUUGUGACCAGCCACAUCCUCUCGCGAUCAAAGAGAUGCUUGAGAAAUGUUGUGUCGGUGACAUGAGUUCGGCACACCAAACUUUGGAAUAUCUCUGGAGCAUGGGAUAUUCUGCCGAAGAUCUUAUAACGAAUAUAUUUCGCGUUUGCAAAAAUUUACUAAUUGAUGAGGUGCUCAAACUUGAUUUUAUUAAGGAAAUUGGAAUGACGCAUUUAGGAAUUGUCGAAGGACUGAACAGUCUUCUGCAAUUAGACAGUCUUUUGGCGCGCCUUUGUCGCAGAGGCUUGCAAAAAUAACAUUUCCUCUUCAUUAUCAUCGCAUGAAAAAUGUCUUGGUUCUUCAUCGAAUUAUAAUAAAGUUAUUCAUACAAUCGUAUUGAUAGAUUAUAUAAAAAAAUAUCCCUCUUUUUAUAUUAUAUGAGGGCGAGUUGAAAAUAUCGGUUUACAUUCAUCUCUUAAAACCCCUCAACUAAUUUAUAAGGUUUUGAAUUUGAAAUCAUUGCAAAUUAUAAAUAAAUGCAUGUAUUAUUACGCUUUAA